AUGCAUUGUCAAGAGCUGCUGGAGAGUCCAACAGGCCUGAUCCUGCGGACGCUGCCUGUCCCAGGACGCGUCAAUGUCUACCCUGAGUACACGGGUCCGUCUAUGUGUAUUUUCCUCUGGUUGCUCUACCAGCACCGUUGCAUCACGUCGGCCACUCUCAACCCCAGUUUCAUAGCUCCGUACGAUAUUUUCACUUUCUUCAAGCUGCUGCAUUUCCACGAAGGCUACACUAGUGUUCGCGUACACGGAGAUCAUGCACCGCCUGCACGUGCUUGGAGUUAUACCGUGCUUGAUGCUCUCCAUCGCACUAGCCAGCUGCAGGUAUUCCAUGUGUCAGCAUUGCGUUUCAGCGAACUAGACUGUGACAGCCUUUGUGAUCUCGUCGGGCGGAAUCCAGAUCUCUCCGUUCUGGUAUUCCGUAGAAUAAAUGUCGAUUCCAUGGCUGCAGCCAACUUCUUCAAUGGGUUGACGGUCCUCAAGGCACUCGAUCGACUAGAGUUCGAGGCGACAGCGGGUGAACAAAGCGAGUGGGACGAGGUCGUCGCUGUACUGCUUCAAACGACCGUGCGGUGGCUCAGGCUAACUCUUGCGUGUAGCAUGACCAUAUUUUUCGGGCAGCUCGCCCAAAAUGACAUGUUGCAGGAGCUAGAGUUAGGCCACCCAGUGUCAGACGUGGAACCUUUUGUGUCACUGGCAAAGUCGCUUGCGGUAAACCGAAGCUUGAGGUGUCUCAAAGUGACAGUCAAGAUUAAUCUUGGCCCAGGCUACGAGAGCUUCUGUGAUUCACUUUCGAAACUUGUCCGGAACAAUAGAAGACUAGAAGUUUUGGACCUUUCGGGUUCUAUGCUCCAUGGUGGCCAGGCCGCCGAAGCGCUACGCGCUGCACUGUGUCAUAAUUACACACUCGAUCGAUUGUACUUGCAAGACUGCGAUUUGAACUGCACCGAUGUCCUUCUGAUUUUGGACGCCCUAAAGGAGAACACUUCUCUAAGGGAGCUGUGUUUUGGUCUAGUGAACGACACGCCAUCAAUGCGGGCGUCUGUAUUUCAAAGAAUUGUGCGACACAGGCUCUUCAACCGCGUGACCUUCGUGUGGAGAGACGACGAGGUUCCGCUUCUCUCCGAGCGCCUCGAGUUCUACCUUUUACCGCGGAAGCUUUAUUUCAGCGCCGAAGACGCCUGGCCUGAAGAUGUCGCCAGCUUCCUAAAAAUCCUGCCUGAGUUUCAUAGUACUCUGGACACCUUGCAUAUUCACGCUCCGGGAGUGAUCACCACGGAUGGUGCCCGCAGCCUGUCUUCACUCUUCGAGCUCAGUACUGCGCUUCACAAGGUAUCCAUAAUUUACGAAACAAGUCAGGAGUCCUCGUUAGCAUUACUGGAAGGUCUUGCCAACUCCAACUGUAUCACGAUUUUCGCGUUAGGGCGCUGGUACCUCGGAGGAAUGGUGUCACUGGCGUUCCGCACUGCCCUAAUGAGUAACAUGAGCCUCUUGCAACUAGAUCUCCACAGUUCCGACGGCGAACACGUGCCCCCGGAGUUUGAAGACAUUUUUCCAGAUGCAGUGCUUACCAGCAAGAGCCUUAUAACCCUGCGCCGCUUCCGUGAUGGCGAGGAAGUGAACGAGUACUUAAUGGACGACAUCGUACGAUCAACGUUGCGAACCAAUGAGAUAGCUCUGCGCGAGACGCUCCACGUCAUCCUGCAGAAUAAUCUGACAGCGCAAGCGUCGUAUGCAUACCACAAGUUGCGCUUCUGCGACGACCAGGGUUCCUGCUGUGACGCUGUUGGUUGCACAUCGCUUGGGAACAACAGGCUGCUAGAAAUAUACCACUCGAUGAGGCACCCCCUACGGCGCUUGUGCCUACAGUACGACUCCGUACCCGACCCGCAUCCAGACAGCAACUUACGUGCUGAGUUCGAAGUACAAUACCUGCAUUGCUUGAGCCAGGUUAAGAAGCGUGUCUACACUUUGACAACUCCGUAAAACUAUUUUCUGCUUUUAAUUACAAGUUUUGUGUACGCGGUGAGACUGUCAUGCACUUUGCGCUCACUAAGGACUCUUAUAAUGAA